AUGAAGUGUCCCACGGCCGAGACGAGUCAACGCACUAUAAAUUCCACAGGACUAUCGAUAAGAACGAAUAAUCUUCUUACUCCAUCCUUUCUUGUGAAAUCUCCAAUGGGAGAAAGCAAAACUCGUCCUACUUAUUUCUGCAGAAACUGUGAAAAUCCACUAGCUCUCGGUGAAGAUCUCAUCUCCAAAAAAUUCGUGGGAGCUUCGGGACCAGCGUUUAUGUUUUCACACGCGAUGAACGUGGUGGUUGGACCGAAGAUUGGGAGGAAACUGAUAACCGGAUCGUACGUGGUGGCAGAUGUCACGUGUAGCAAGUGUGGCGAGACCUUGGGUUGGAAGUAUGUUGAGACCUUCGAUCUUAAACAGAGGUAUAAAGAAGGCAUGUUUGUGAUCGAAAAGCUCAAGUUGACCAAGAACUAUUGAUGAAACUUUUGGUCAAGAAUACUCUUUUGGUGGUUUAGUUGAAAAAAUAAAAUAAAACAAAGAUGAGUAUGAUUAUAUGUAUAUAUUUUACAUAGGAUUGUCAAUAUAUUGGUUUGUUAUGUAUUUUCCAAAACUUUCGAAGAUGUUCCAUGUACUUGUUCACGAGUCACGCACUUAUUCGUUCAUUCACCACUCAACUUAAAGUUAAAUCAAUAGUGACAAAAAUGAACCAAUAG